CUCACACUUGCCCAUAGUGUGAUGUAAAUGUAAAGGAAAUGGAAAUUAAAGGAUCAUUCAGAACUAUAAAAAGUAUUACAGAAAAUACAAAUUUAUGGCAACAAUCUGGAGGAAAUAUAACAAAAGCCAAAGAUUUUAAAAAUUGUAUAAACAUACCUUUAAUCAAUGGCGACGAAGAAACACCUGUCUUAAAGUAUAUUCCCCCUCCUGAGCUUCACCUUUUGUUAGGUGUGGUUCAAAAACUAUUUGAUUGUCUUGAAUUGGAGAAUACCAAUGUUGCAACAGAAUGGAUAAAAAAAGCGGGAUUGAAACUAGAUCAUUAUGGAAAAUAUAACGCAAAUAACGCCAGACAACUUUUAAAGAAAUUGGAUAUUUUGAAGACGAUAUCGCCCGGAAUAAAUAUAUUGCAGUGUUUUCUGCAUUCAAUCAAGUCGUUUCGAGUUGUUUUGGUCAAGCACUAAACAAACAUUUUGAACAUGACAUCGAACAAUUUAGAUUGGAAAUACUCAACUUAGGUAUUAAGAUAACUCCAAAAAUUCAUGCAACUCUGCAUCAUGUGCCAGAGUUUAUAAAAGCAAAUCAUAGAGCUCUAGGAUUUUACUCGGAACAAGCAUCUG